AUUAAGAUGCAACCUAAAUUCUCCAUAACCACCUUUAAAGUUCUUGGAAAUUUUCAUUUACGUCAAUGAAAGUGCCCUUACGAGCCUUUUUUUUGCGUCCCUAGUCAAUCAAUAACUUAGAAGGAUUGCAUUACAGGUAUAAUAUAACUGCAAGCGUUAUGAAAUAUACAAUAGAGUAUGUGCCAAUAAUACGUAUCGCAUAAUCUGAAUCUCACUUUUACUAACACUAACAAUUUUUUUGCAUUUGCGUUAAUUAGUUCUACUAGAGAAAAAAUGACAGUACUAGUUUUUUGUCCUUGUAGACCUUGUUAUAAAUUAAAAAUGUCAACAAUAGCAGGUUGACAGGUUCGGUAUUAGGUAUUAUGUAGUAUUUCAUUCAUUAUUAGAAUGUCCCAAAAAAAUAUCCCCAGUUUAUUUCUUAGUGUCUUGACACUCUGUAUGUGUUUUUUGUUAAAAUCUGGUUUGUUCACGGGAUAUUUACACGAAAAGCUUUAAACAUAUGCUUUGAAGCAGCUUAAGAACCUUAGUUGUUGCUAGAUUCAAGUCCAAUAAACAUAUUUAGAUUUCCAUUCAUUUAAUCAGUUUCGUCUUUAUUUAUAACAAAACAAAAUUGCCAGUUUGUCUUAUUGGAGAUAACUAUACUUACAGUAAUCAUCACCAACCCUUAACUUUAAUUUAGUUUCGGAAUUUCUUUAAUUGACGAUUCGAUUAGUCAUCGCAAACUUUCUAUCUGUAAACACAUUACGCCUCCGCACGAGGGCCAAUCAAACGCCGCCCUCGAUGGCCUCCCUAUUCGAUCGAUAAAGAUACAUCCCUUCUUUCCGUGGUCGCGUCUCUUUCUUUGAGCCGCCGCCGACAAGGAUGGUGCGACGAUCGGCGAGACACGGCGCACGUGGUCCACGGAGCUCUAUGAUGCUGGCGCGGGCUCUUGGCAACUUCGGAAAUUUUUAGUUGUGUUUAGAGCAGUACGUGCGUAAGUGGUUGGUUGUUUCGACGCCGACGACAAUUUUUAAUCAUUUCUCCGUCGCCGAUGUUUCCUCGUUACGACUUUAUUGUAAAGUGCGUGGGUUUUUUUUUUCGUAACCGUCAGCGAUUGCACAAAUCGAGAGUGCGCGUUGUUUAUUUUGUCGACGGAUAUUCGUUUAUUGAUAAUGCAAUUUCUUGAAAACGUUUCGCGCGAUACCGUCACCGGUCUUAACACUUGGUAGUUGUUGGGUGGCUUUGGAGAUGUGAUACGCGCGGGAUGAUUUUAAUUUAAGGACCUUUAUGUUUUCGUUGUACCGCGCGCGCGUUUAGAAUGUCGUUUUUUAGUUUUACUAGCGGAUAUUUGAGUUCCCCGCCUAGGGAGUCCCCCAUCAAUAAUAACUUGGCGAGGAGCCCGACGAUACCGUUUUGCACCAGCCCGAGCCAGCUGCAAGAGGUGACGCUCGAUCAAGAUGCUACGUCCAGUGCGAUGGGCUUGCGCUCUCCCAACUGCCCGAUGAGGGGUAGAACCGUGAAAGAAUACGAGGAACAAAUGACCAAUCUCAAGAAAGAAAAUUUCAAUCUCAAGCUCAGGAUUUACUUUUUAGAAGAAAAACUGGGAACACACUUUACGCUCGACAGCGAAAAUAUUCUUAAGAAAAAUAUUGAGUUUCAAAUGGAAAUAGCAAAUCUUCAAAAAGAGGUCAGGGAAAAGCACGAACUGCUAUGCCAGGCCGUCAAAGCGAUGGAGUUGGAAGACGAGGAGCACAAGAAGUAUUCGCAGCAUAAGGAGCAACAAGCGCUUGAGAUGCGGCAAGAGCUAGAAGAGUUGAGGACGCAGUUACACGAAUCGAAAAUUGCCAGCACCGGGAUGUCAGUUAAAUCCGAAAAUACCGCGCAUUCGAAUAAACCCAACGACGACAAAGAGGAGGACAGUUACGUUACCCUCCUCGAAGAGAAGCUGAGGUGCAUGGAAUUAGAGAACCAGUUACACGUCCAGAACGAGGAAUCCGCGCAGUUUUUCUACGACCAGUCGCACUCGUUGCGAAACCGUGUGGAGCUCCAGCAGAAGGAGCUCCAGGCAAAAGACGAGACGAUCGACAGGCUCAACCGGGACAUCGACUCCGCCAACGAGCGCCUGGUCGAGUUUGCGAAGAAGAUCAAAGACUACGAGGAGAAACUACAACAAGCGCACCGCGAUUCUCAAAACCGCGCAGUCAAGAUUCAAGAACAGCAGAAGAACCUCGAGGACCUCUACGAGCAGUAUUCCGCCGUCGGCCAGAAGUAUUCAAGCGCGAAAUACGAGCUCGAAAAGGAGAGAAAGUCGGCGAGGCAAACGAAAAUGAUGAGCGACGCGAAAAUCGGUGAGCUGGAGAACGAGCUCGAGAAGAAUAAGCUGCGCGUGAAGGAUCUGCAGAGCAAACUGGACCGCGCCCUCGUCGAGGUCGAGAAGAGCCAAAACCUAGCGGUGUCUACGAGUCCGACGGCGAACUCGCGCAGCUCGAAUAUUGACGGUUAUCUGGUUUCAGUUCCGGACGCAGCAGCAUCUGAUGGAACUGCGCAAAAGGACUCACUACAUGUACCGCUAAACGUGUCCGGUACGUCGUCGACGUCGUCCUCCGCCGCCACCACCCCGGACGGUCGUUGUUUGUCCGCGUUCGAGUCGCUGUUGAGGUCGCGCGACGGCGGCGAGCGACUUUUGCGCGAGUUCGGUGACGUCAGGCGCGAGUUCGUCGCGUACAAACAGAAAAUCGUCAAGUUGAAAAGUGAACAGUUGAAGGCGUGCGAGAUAAUCAAGAGCAUGAUCGACAUGAGGAACCGGGCGAACGAGGAGAUCGCGCAGCUGAAGAAGACGAAGACCGACCUGGAACGGGAGCUGGAGACGCGGGUGGCGCCGCCGCGCGCCCAUGCCGCCGAACUCGACGCCCUACCGACGACCGGAACGCCCCCUUGCGAGAAACAAUUUACCGGAGCGGAAACAAAACAUUCGGAGAUGGUUGACCAGUACAAAGCGUUAAUAGACUCCCUAGAGGCGAAAGUCGAGGUGUUAGAAGAGACGGUCAACGCGAAAGAUUGUCAGUUGCAGAAGGUGCGAGAUCACUACGAAGAACUUCUCGAGGAAAAAGACAACAGAAUCGUCGACUUGGAGUUUGAGCUUCUCUCGGCGAACCAGAGUUCAAUCAAGGACAGAUCCGCAAUGGAGAAAAGCGACUUUGGCACGGAAAAACGCAGCUCCUUUUACCGGCAAGAACUCGAGGAAAAAGACAAGGAAAUCGAACGCUUGAACAACGAGCUGAAAAAGUGCACCUGCUACCUCCAAGAAAUCGUAAACAAGGAACUAUGGGAAAAGAAUCGCGAGAUUGAGAAGCUUCACAAGAAACGCGAAAACGCGGGCGACGUUUCGAAGCUUCGCAAGGUGCUUUCGUUGAAAGAUGUCCAGCUUCAUGUGCUGAAGGAGAAAAUUUCCGAGCUCGGUCUCGAAAUACCGAUACCUGAUGAUGAAUCGUUACAGUGGACGUCGCAGAAUACUGAAGAUCGCGUACGAUCUCUCGAGGAACAACUGGUCAGUGCUAAUGAAAGAGUGGUCGAAUUGGAAGGCGCCGAUAAAAUUAUCGCCGAGUUGAAAGCGACCAACCGAGAAUUGACUCGCGAAAUGCAACAGUGCGAGCAGCUCAGGUUGGAAACAAACGAAGUGUGCUCGGUCCUCGGCACUCGGCUCGAAGAGUUGGCCGUAUUUCUGGACUCUUUGUUAAAACAGAAAUCAGUGUUAGGAUUUCUCGGGUCAGCGAAAAACAAAAAACUGAGGGAGAUAAUCAGCAACAGUCUGGAUUUGUCUAGGUCGUUUUCCGUGAGCCUGAUGGGCAAUCCGGAAGAAAGUCUGGCGCAGCUGUCCAACAUCACGGCCUUUCUUAACGGAUCCGUAUUCCAGAACCUAAGCUUGGCCGACGGUUUUGGUAAAGUAGACGAGGAGAACAGCCACUUGAGCAUCAUACCGUCCAAUAUAACUUUAACCUACGAAAGUCAUUUGUAUAAAAAGAGGGACGAUGCCGAACCCAACGACAAACAGGUGAUCGAGGCGUUAAGGGAACAGGUGGUUAACUUGAAAAGCGAACUGAAACUGAGAGACAAUGAACUGAGCAGAUUGAACAAUAGAGAGAGUGGAAUCGAAAAGUUAUCAGAAUCUGAGGAGGAAAAGCGGCCGUCACAGCUCUUCACUCCAUCCAAGUCUCACACAUCAGCGACCUUGAAACCUCAUAGCGACGUCCAAAGUGAGUCGGAGGCGUGGUCUGAGCCGGAUCGGGUCGUGUCUAGAGCGAGAAUUGGAUUAAAUCACUCCGCUCCGCUUCCGUUUUCCAAAUCCAAGAGACUGAAUUAUAACGAAUCAACAGAAGACGACGACCGCUGCCAGAGCUUUACUGGGAGCAAGAGAAGGGCUAGCGUCAUCGAGCUUCACCAGGAGAUCUGUCGAUUAGAAAACGAGCUCAAGGAGAAUAGCCUCGCAAACCAAAUAUACUGUGAAAAACUGCAAGACAUGAACCAAGAAGUGGACGAAAUGAAACAACGGCUAGCUCGAGUGGAGAAGGAGAAGCAUGAAGCUGACCAACAGAUCACCGAUCUAAAGAAGACGGUGGAAGAAUUAUCGUACUUAAAGGCCAAACUUGAGGACGGCGCACAUUCUAGAAACAAGGAAUUGCUGGAUAAGAUUAACUGCCUGGAAGCUGAGAAGGAAAGCCUCCUGAAGGAUGCGAUGGCGUUUGAGAAGCAGGCUCAGAACGCUCAGAACGAGAUGCAAACGAUGAAAGAAUCCAUAGCCGCGAUGGAAGUGAAUAUCCGAACCGAGUAUGAGAAGGAUCUUAUUGGGAAAUUGAAAGACGCUGAAGAUGUGUUUAUCGCCAAAAUGAGAAAGGUGGAGGAAAAAUACGAAGUCGAGAUGACGAAUAUGUCGGAGACUAUCCAGCACAUGCAUGAGGAGUAUGAUAGGGAUUACGUAAAGAAGAGCGAUGUGGACGUUAAACUCAAAGAGAUUGAAACGUUGGCGUCUGAACUAGCGGAUCUGAAGUUAGCGGUUCAGUCUCACGAAGAUACUAUCGCCGGUUACAAGCGGAGGGAAGCGGAAAUAAAAAAUGCCAUUCAAGAGUAUAACAUUCAAACCGGCGCGCUCGAACGGCAAUACGCCGACGCAGUUCUCGAACGAUCGAAACUGAACGGCGAGAAACUUAUAUUAGAAGAAGAACUAAAUAAGGUCAGGGUGAAGGAAGAGGGUGCGCAGAGGGAAUUAAAAGACACACAGCAUCAAUUGAUGGACGUGAUGGAAAAGUAUCAGGAGCAAGUCGCGACACUGCAAGGUCAACGGUCCAAUUUAGAACUGAAACUCAGCGAAUUAGAAUCGGCAAAUGCGGAUUUGCGCAACAAGCUAAUUAAAAUGCAGACCGGCAAACUGAACCUGAACACGUCGAUGCCGGAUAUUGGAAGCAGACAGCUAGUGCCUUAUAAGAGACAAUGUUCGGAUCAAAACUAUAGUUCGGAGGACAACGCGGAAGAGAUGAGAAGCUUUUGUUUUGGCAGAUCCAUUGCUCAACGUUCUAGAGUGGAAGCGGAGAGAACCGAAGCGAAUUCCUCGCCCGAUUUAGGUAUAGAAAGCGACCACGGCAGGUUUUCGAGUCUAGAGACCCAGUCCAAUAACGUUCCGAGGCCAUUGCUGCAGACCAUUGAGCUGACGGAAUCGAUGAGCAAUUUGUUUGACGAACAGAACAACCAAAUCCAAGCGCCAUCUUGUGCCAACCAGCACUGUUGCCAAACUUCCUUAGACAUCUCGCGCGAAAAUAAUGAACUCAAACGGAAACUUCUGAGGAUGAAACGAGCGUUGGAAGAAACUGCCACUCAAUUAAGCCUGGCCAAUCAGAGGAAGAGGCAAGUGGAGAAGACGAUAUGUAAACAGAUUCACAAAACGAGCCAGGUGUUGCGGAAGGCCAAAGCCAAUUUGGAUUCUGGUUCCGAGAGUGAAGUGUUUCGGAUGUAGUUUUUGUGGGAUUGUAAGUUUUUGUUUUUGUAAAUUUAAGUUUUAAAACUGUAAAAAGAGUGUACACAAUAAAUUUUAUUUUUUGCAAACUGACCCAGAAGUUUAAGAAGAAUGUGUCAUUUGUGCCAAUAGAUUGAAUGAUUCAGGUUUAGUAUGUUAGCAACUUUAAAACCAGUAUUUUUGUGAUAUAAUGUACAUAAAUAUAUUUUUAAUAAUUUGUAUAUAUAGGGUUUUACUGAUUAUAACCGUUUUUUUUAGUA